CCGCUGACAUAGGUUACAUACGGUACCAGGAAUGUGUGCAGGAUGAGCAGCACAUUUGUUACAUUAGCUGAAGUACUGGAGGCACGAGGGGGACCUCUGCUGGAGGAGGAAGUCUGGUCCCUGCUGCUGGGCACUGCAGAGUCUUUAGUGGAUGUCUCCUAUAAGGGUCACAACAAUAUGUGUAAUAUCAUAAGCCCCACCUCCUUGCUGCUGUCAGCCACUGGUACCUUGGCAUUUAAGAACUGUGGCCUAUCAGAUGAGGUAUCCACCUUCACUGCUCCAGAAAUGCUGCAGGGCCGUGCCAGCUCAACCAAACCUGCCAUGGAGAGGAUGCUGGUGUAUUCACUGGGUAUGACUCUCUACUGGUCAGUUGAUUUUCAUCUACCUCAAAAUCAGCCAGUCCAGUUGAGUGACCAUCUAAACGGGCUCCUCCUCAGCAUGUGUGAGGACCUUGCCCACCGAAGGGUAAAUCUCAACUCCAUCCUGGAAGCCUGUGAAUCGCAGCAUAAAGCCUCCAUCCUGCCGCCGCCCGCCAAAGUCAUCAGACAACUGGUGGAGGAGGUUUUUCAUGAAUCAAUGGACCAUGGCUCACUGCCAGACAGUAACGUCCCUUUGAGUGGCAGGAGCCAGAUGAUCAGAGAGAGACUUCAUGGAAAAAGAGGGCCAUUUUCAGACUUCGGCGAAGGGAUUGCCGAAGGGAGAAGAUACUCAACGGACUCUGACUCAAAGUCAGGGAGUUUACCUCAGAGAUCUUGGAGACAAAGACCAAGGAGCUCUCCCACACCACUGUACCAGUCUUCUUUAGACAGACUCCCUCGUGGGGUUCGUCACAGGGACAGCAACUGCAGUUGGCUUGGUAGGAGCCCCCACCACGACGUCUCUCCCAAAACAUCAGGCAGAUCCCACAGUCCCUCCAUCACAUUCAGCGAGUCCUCGCUCAGCCUGAGCCAGAGAAAAGCUAAGGCUUUGGGUCCUGAGUUCAUCAGAAUGCCAGACGACCAACAAAUUCUUCUUGAGCUUCCAGGAUCUAUUGUGUCCAAAAAGGGCCGUUCCUGUUCGUCUCAGAGAGAAGUGACUGUGGUGCUGCCAAACGGACAGUACGUGGUGGUUCGCUGUGACAUUAAGUCCAGAGCAAGGGAUGUGUUUGACAUGGUGGUGGCUCAUGCAAACUUGGUGGAACACUUCUACUUUGGUCUGGCCUUCCUAGAUGAUGAUGAAUAUUUCUUUUUGGACCAUGAAAUAAAAAUCUCCAAAGUUGCACCCGACAGUUGGAAAAAAGGGCAGAUAUCCUCCUUUUUGGUGUUUCUUCGAGUCAAAUUUUUUGUUGAUGAUAUCUCCUUCAUUUUGCACAGACUGACUCGUCACCAGUACUACUUACAGCUGCGUAAGGAUAUCUUGGAGGACAGGCUUUACUGUAAUGAGGAGACAGGCUUGUUCCUAGCUGCUCUUGCGCUGCAGGCUGAGUUUGGGGAUUACAUGCCAGAGUUAUAUGGUAAGAAUUAUUACCAGCCAGAGCAUUACGUGUCCAAGAGGAUGCUAGAGAAGCUGGCCCUGCCCAGUGUCAAGGAAGAGUUGCCAAGACUGCAUGCAAGUCAUGCCCAGAUGCUGCCUGAAGAGGCUGAAACAGAGUACCUAAAGAUUGCCCAGCAGUUACCUGAGUAUGGGGUUAUGUUCCACCGUGUGGGGAGAGAGAAAAGGCCGGUGGUGGGAGAGUUGGUGUUGGGAGUCUGUGUCAAAGGAAUCAUCGUGUACGAGAUGAAGAACCACCUCCGGACUGUCACCAGGCGCUUCCUCUGGAGGGAAACCGACUCCAUAUCCACUGGGCGGCGUAAACUAAUUAUAGAGUGUGGCGGGCCCAGUGGGAAAAAGCACAGUUUUGUAACAGAAAGCUCAAAAAUAGCACAGUACCUCCUGAACCUCUGCUCAGCACAGCACAAGUUCCAUAGCGAGAUGACAUCACGACAACUUAACCACACAAUGCUACCAGAUGAAAACAUGGAUAAAUACAUGUCUGUCUACCGGGGUCGUAACUUGAACCUGAAGCAGAUGUCCUGCUCAGAGGGCAUGCUGAACCAUGUGGGUCUGACACCUGGUCAGCCAGAUUCCCUCUCCAAGUCCUGCGACGACCUGACUGCCAAGCUGGAGGCUCGACUCCGCCAGCAGAGAGAGAUGAGGAGGGAGAUGAGCAGAGAGCUGAACAAGGAGCUCCCUGAAACAGGAGAACUCGGGGACACGAAAGAUCGACAGUGCUGGAGUACUCCAGAGCCAAUUCCCAGAAUGAUGUCCAGUGUCUCACUACAGAAGCAGGACUCUGAUGCCUCUUCCUCCGCACGAGUCGAUACACCAACCAGGACCCCACCAGAGAGAGAGAUAGUCUGUGUGACCCUGAAGAAAGAUCCCAAACUGGGCUUUGGCUUUGUGAUAGUGGGAGAGGACAAUACAGGUAAACUUGACCUUGGGAUCUUCAUUGCUUCCAUUGUGCCUGAUGGGCCUGCGGACAGAGAUGGACGAAUCAAACCCGGUGGACGUCUCAUCUCCCUAAACAAGACUAGUCUGGAAGGAGUGACAUUCAGUGAUGCUGCAGCCAUCUUACAGAGCAGCCCUGAAGAGGUGGAGCUCAUUGUGUCCCAGCCUAAACAGACUCUGAAGGAGAGUAAGAGUACCUUGAGUCAAAUUACUCUGGGUUUGGCUUUGGAGAAGGGCUUUGGGUCACAGACCACCCUGAGUGGCACAGAGUACCGUCCUGCCAUGGAGGAACUGGAGGAGGCCAUCACUCUGUCCAACAUGGCAACCCCAAAGCAGAGCAGGAGGCUUCACAUUCCUGUUGUGAGAAUACAUGAUGCCCAGGAUGUAUGUUCCAGGUCCCCCUCUAUCUUAAGUUUGAAAACUGGCGAGCGGUUUAUAGUGGAGCUAAAGAAAAGCAGUGCUGGUCUUGGCAUCAGUGUUGCUGGAGGAAUAAAUACUAACGUGCGGUACGGAGGCGUCUACAUCAAGAGUCUGGUGCCAGGAGGUGCUGCAGAGCAGGACGGGCGCAUUCAGAUCGGUGACAGACUGCUGGAGGUUGACGGGUCCAACCUGAGGGCCGUGACUCACCAGCAAGCUGUCGAGUGCCUGAAGAGGACUGGGGAGGUGGUGAACCUUCUGUUGGAAAGGGAGCCCACUGUAAUCUUGGAGCCCAGACCUGACUCGCCCUGCCCCCCCUUGGUCCACAGUCCGUCACACACACAGCCCCCCAGGACUGAGGUCUCCAUGGAAACGACCUUGAGUGGUCGAGCCAAGGACUACAGCUUUGUGACUGAUGAAAACACACAUGAAGUGGUGCUGAAGAAGAGUUUGUCCGGCCUUGGCUUCAGCUUUUACAUCUCACAGCUACGCUCGGGGCCAGACCGAGGCAGCGUGGUCCGCAUCAAACGUCUGUUCCCGGGUCAGCCAGCGCUAGAAAGUGGCCUGCUGCAAGAGGGAGAUAUCAUUCUGUCUGUCAACAAAGAGCCCAUCAAGGACCUCUCUUACCAGAGGGUGUUGCUCCUGCUUCGUGGAGCUCCGUCUGAAGUUCAUCUGCUGAUCUGCCGACCAGCUCCUGUCCUACUUUAUGAUGUAGAUGACAACACACUGAGUCCUGCACCCGUCCGUGAAGUUCGAUCCCGGUCUCUCGACAUCCAACUAGGAGACGACUACAGCCAGCUCCUUAAGUUUCAAUAUGACAUCAACAUAUCUGCCCAAAAGCAAUCCCCCACCCCAGAAGAAGACCUGAGCAACACAGCAGAGAAUAACCCAGAACCUCCUGCAGCUCCAGCACUCCUGGAGAGCCAGGAGAGUCUGGGCAGGGAAGUGCAGGCAAAACAGACUCCUCCAUCUACUCCUCGCUCACCGCCCUCACCCACGUCACCCACAUCACCUCCGUCACCAGUCUCACCAGUGUCACCUGCCUCGCCGGUGUCCCCUGCCUCACCUGCCUCGCCUGCCUCACCUGCCUCUGGCACUCCACCAGCUCUGCCAGAGUCACGAUUAACAGCUAGGAAUCCAAAGGAACAACAGGAAGUAGAAGCAAAGGAGAAGAGGAAGGACAGGGAAGAGGAGGUUGAAACGACAUCGAGUUCAACUGUGAUGCUUAUGGAUGUCUGUCCCAAGACUGUUUCAAACUCUGUAUAUGCCAGUGGAGUCAGAGAGGCGGCAGAUGGAAGUGUGACCUACUGCCUCAUGGGAAAUGGACUGACUAUCAUGGCAGAUGAAGAGUACCUGACCAUCAGCUCCACCCUGGAGCCUCCUCACAGCUUUCCCUCCAGUCUGGCCGCUCACACCCCAACAGCCAACCUCAGAGCGCUCGGCUCUCAAACCUCCAACAGCUCCUCUAGUUUCAGCUCUCAGAAUCCAAACCUCGGCCCUCACAUUCCCACCACCACCUUCUCACCGCUCAGCCUCUCGUCUGACACCCCGACCACUUGCUCCCUGGCUCACCCAUCUCAGCCACUCACAACACAGCCACCGAAAGCCAAGCACCACCCGAUCCAGCAGGGGCUUCUUCCAGGUCACUACAAAGCCUUGUCCAAGAACAGCCGACCUGUGGUGCCUCCGUCCCAGCCUCCUGCUCCACCACUGAACCCCAUUACAGCCCAGAUCAUCUCUUCUGUGCCUCCUUGUGUCAGUCCACCUGCCCCGACGCUGCCACCCACAGUCCUGCCCUCUCCUGCCGGAUUGGUUAAAGAGUUUGAACUGACAGUGGUUCUGACCAAGUCGAGGAGUGGAAGCUUUGGGUUCACCAUCACUCGAAGCAAGCUGGACAACUGCUACUACAUACAGGAAAUACUGGACAACCCAGCCAAGGCGGAUGGACGACUGAGGGCAGGAGACAGGCUCGUCACUGUAAAUGGCCACGAUGUUACCAGUGUGGCAGAUGAUGUUGCCAUGACGAUUCUCAGGUCAUCUCCGAGGAGACUGAGUAUGACCCUGGGGAGGGCAGUUACCAACCUGGUGGCCCCCCCACCCUGCGACAGCCUGCCGGAUAUUGUUCUGUACAAGACACCUUCAGGACAGCUCGGUAUAAAGCUGACUGGAGGCAUUGGCAGCAAAUGGCAGGGCAUCUACUGUCUGGAGGUGGUGCCAGGCUCCCCAGCCAGCGAGGAGGGGAGUGUCCAACCCAAUGACAAGAUCAUCUACAUCUGUGGCAGGUGCACCCUGGGUAUGACCCUAGAGGACGCAGUCAAAGCCUGUGAGAUCGCCCCUCGUAAAGUUAAACUUAAAAUCAUCAGAGAAGACCAGCCAGUGACCCCCAAGGCUAAGUGGAACGGUCUGUUUGACUGGAAAAAGGACAGGAGGUCCUUUGCUCGUUUUGAAGAGCCCGUCUCUCCAGAGAGAGACUCUCCUACCGAAGAGGCUGAAGCCGUGUGUAGGACUGCUGGUGAAUUCAGAUGUGUCUCUCUCACCCAAGAACAUGAUAGUUGCAUCAUGCAAGUGGAGUUCACAAAACCAGAGGGAGGAGGCCUUGGCUUUGCUUUGGUUGGAGGAACCAAUGGUAGCAUGCUCAGAGUGAAGGAAAUUUGCUCUGGUGGAGUAGCUGAGCAGGACGGUCGGCUGAGAGUGGGAGACAUUUUAUUAGAGGUGAACAGUGUGAUUGUUUCCGGCCUGAGCCACAGUAAGGUGGUGGAUAUCCUGCGUAAAGCUGAGGGCACUGUACAGCUCACCGUCUGCAGAGACGUCCUGCCCCUGACCUACUCUGAGUCACCCACACCGCCCAACAUGUCCGCUCAGACUGAAGCUAUUUUAGCUGAGCAGCCGACUCCUGAUACCUGUUCCUCACCUGACAUCGUGCUGAAUAGGCCGACUGAGUACCCCCCUGAGGCAACUUCAGAGGCAAAUGAAACAGGUCUUGUCCUAACUUCACCACCACCUCCACCACACCGACUAACUGUCGUAACAGAUGAGACUGCAAUUAUACAGGAGAGCUGUAACAGCACCCCUUCUCAUCCAGCUUGCUGCCCAUCCCUCAGUGUCACUGACAUGUUGCAUGGAGCCUCUGACAGGAAACAAACUGUGACCAAACUUUUGGACCUGUCCUGCAAAGACAUCCGGAAAACUCAGUCAGAUGGCUGGAGCAGUGAAGAAGAAGAUAAUGAUGAAUUUGACACCACCAAUGAGGACAUGACCUCACCCCAAACAGGCCCACCCAUCGUAUCAGAGGAGGAACUGGCCAGUUUAGCUCUCAUUAGCCCCGCUAAGGCCAGCCAGUAUUCAGGCUCCAGGGUCAAAGCUCUCAUCCAGAUUCUGCAGCAUCAACUGGACCAGCAGGAACUGGUCAAAGAGUUCAUGGCUCUGGAGCAUCUGAAGCCCUCUGACAACUGUCUGGUGGGAAAAGCCCCUGAGAACAGAGAUAAGAACCGUUACAGAGACAUCCUACCCUAUGACAAAACACGAGUUGCCAUUGGAGCGAACCAGGACUACAUCAACGCCAGCUACAUCCGCAUGCAAGUUGGCGAUGGAGAGUUCUUCUACAUCUCCUGCCAGGGCCCUCUGCCUUCCACAGUGCCGUCCUUUUGGCAGAUGAUCUGGGAAAACAGAUCUGACAUUAUUGCCAUGAUGACCCAGGAAGUGGAACGGGGAAGGAUCAAAUGUCACAAGUACUGGCCAGAGAAGCUGGGCGUGCCUCUGGACACCGGCAGGUACAAGCUACACCUGGAGAACCAACAGCACUUGGAGUACUUUCACAUUAAGGUCAUCCGCAUGGUGGAGACAGAGAGCGGUGAGACACAUUUUGUCCGUCACCUGAAGUUCACACACUGGCCUGACCACGGUGUGCCGCAUUGCUCCGAGCAGCUGGUUCGCUUCAUCCGCUACCUGAGGGCUGUGCACUACAAGGGGCCAGUCACCGUUCACUGCAGCGCCGGCAUCGGACGCACAGGAGUUCUCAUCUGCACUGAUGUUAUCCUCAGUCUAACUGAGAACGAUUUACCUAUUAAUGUGAGCGACAUUGUAAAAGAGAUGAGGCUUCAGCGGCACGGGAUGAUUCAAACCAAGGAACAAUACCUCUUCUGCUACAAAGUCUGGUUGGAGGUUUUACAGGGCAUUUUACAGCUUCACGGCAACCAGUGGCAACCGGAAAGUCCACGAGACCACAAAGUAGUUUGAAUGUUUCCACUUUCACUUCACCCGCCUGUAAAGCACAGGCUGUAUAUGUAUAACCACGUGCAGUCAAUCACAGCAUAGACUGGUGAUACCUUUUCUCUGGCUGUAGUUAGUUUAGUAUGAUGUGAAACGUUAUGAAACCCGUACUUCUCUGUUUUGAUACUUUGUGUUGAGGCCUCUUGGUUAGUUACAAUGUUUUCAACUUGAAUUUUUUUUGUUCUUAAAUGUGCGCCUGGUGCUGUGAAUAUGUCAAUUUAAUUUAGAUCACUGAGGUUGUUUUGCCUUUUCAGGCUUAAUGAUUUGCCUUCUGUCUCUAGCAAAUUUUUUAAUUUUUGUGUCACUAAUUUAAUGUAUCCCAAUUAUUUUUUCUCCAUGCCCUUUAAUUUGCAUAUUGCAUUUAUUUUUAACGGUCAUAUUGCGCAGAAUUCAAAAUCUGGGAUUAUCCAAAUCUUUUAUCUGGCAAUUAUGUCACUAAUGUUAUCAAAGUGUAAGAUCAUCAUACCAAAGUUAGUCUCUGUUUGAAACCUUGAUUAGUAGCAUUUGAUUAAGCAUUGUGUAAUCAUUUUAUCAAGUGCAUUUCUACCCUGGAGAAAAGGGCAUUAGCAAAAGAACAUUAUUCAUUUUUUCAGUUCAUUAGCUAAGGAAAUGAAAAGAAUCAAGUGCCUUGGAAUGACUCAUACCGCUUGCUCCAUAUUGACCUCAAGCCACUUGUCACAAGUGGUCGGGGACCGAAAGCAGGAUUUGAGAGCACCCGAUGGUGGUUUGAUUGAAUUUGCAGCUUUCAGUCUGUUUGUGGUUUGAGGUGGAUGUCUGGUUGAUCCGAACCAGAAGAGGACUACAUCUCACCUUUUUGUUAGUUAAAUUGUAACUCUUAAACAAUGUGGUUUGCACACCGCCUGUCAAUCCUUUUUUUUGUUUGUGGGCCCAUUUUAUACAAAACAGGAUCACAGUGAAAGUCUUACUAAAGAUAAUUACAACUUGCACAUCCUAAUACAGAUAAGGAAUGAUUCAACGUAGCAAAUUUUUGAAUGAAUUCUUCACUCUUUUCUAAUAUUUGGAUGAGGCAUUAACACUAAGUAUUCUCUUUUGUUUUGUUUUUUUUUAGUAAAAUGUGCAAAACUGAUCUAAAUAUCAUUUGAAUAAUUAGUUGCUGGGCUUUUAUGUGUAAUUUGUUAUGUGACAACAUCCUUUAUCUGUAUUCCAUAGCUAUUUUAAUACAAACUCAGCCAAAAAUGCAAAAAAUAUUACAAGGUUUACAAACUUUCCAUUUUGCCACUUUAGAUGUAUAUGAUGUACAAAGCAACAAAGCUGCAUCUCCAAGUCACAGAUAAAAGAUGAUUUAUCGCUGCUGGUUUGAACCUCAGCCUUUGGAUGUAACUGCUUGUAAGCUUUGUUCUUUCAGCUGCAAUCACACACACACACACACACACACACACACACCAGCUCUAUUAUUGCAUGUAGACUCUUUAAAUACAGACGUCUGAGCCUGCAGUUUGACUGCUGAGUGACUUGAACAUGAUCAGAACGUGGAAUGUAAUAAAGCAAUACUCUCCCCGAGGAUGGGAGAUCACAAUGUUGGCCUCUUACCCAAUAACAUCUUCCAAACUGGAGCAUGUUGGUAAGAUAUAUUCAGUACUGUACCUUUGCCAUGUGGGUGGUUAUGCGUUAGAGCCAUUAGCCUCUGUCCUGUGUAUGCAACAUCUUUUCACUCAGUGCUGGUCGGUUGGUUUCUAGCGAUAGGUAACCUUCUGUUACGUGCAAGUUCAUGUUCUCUUUGAGAUGCUGUUGCUAUGUUUUCUCCCUGGGAUCUUGGAAAAUGGUUAUUCUUGAAAGAAUGAACAAAAGCACAUUUCGCAUACAUCUGUGAAAAUGCACCUUCUACAGUCAAGCAAGUGCGUAUGCAAUAGCAUUGUGAAAUGUAAUAACCCUUAAUUGCUCAACUGCUUAUUUAUGCUAAAUUAAUAUCUUGUCACUGUACCAGCCACUAUGUAACCAAUA